UUUGCGACUUCCGGAUGUGACGCAAAACAGAGACUGCGGUCCUCGCCUUGGACGGGACGGCGAUUCCCCUUCGACUCACGACUUUGAACGGGACCUCGGCUGGUUUCUCCACAUCCACCGGAGCGGAACUGGGAAGGGGACGACAUGCUGCAGCUGGGCGACGAUGUCUCGCUUUACUCGGUCGUGUUCGUGGUGGUUUUGCUGGCCACUCGCAGCCCGGUGUGGUCCGGCGUCUUCACCGGCUGUCUCUACCUCUUCCUGGCCAUGUUCCGAUUCCCGCAGCUGCCGGCCAGCCGAGCCCGACAAGUGCUUUAUCCGGCCGGAUCUGGGAAGGUGUCCGUGGUCGCCCACAGGGGAGGCGGACACGACGCACCGGAAAACACGGUAGCGGCCAUCCGGCUGGCCAGCAAGAACGGGGCCUCCGGAGUGGAACUAGACCUGGAGUUCUCUGCAGAUGGAGUCCCAAUCCUGAUGCACGAUGAGAGCGUGGAUCGGACCACAAAUGGAUCAGGCCCCCUCAAUCAAAUAAGAUAUGCUGACUUGGGUAAACUAGAUGCAGCUGCUAAACAUCGACUCAGGGACAGGUUUGCUGGUGAAAAGAUCCCAACACUGGAGCAGGCAGUGGAGGAAUGCAUCAAACUGCAGCUCACCAUAUACUUUGAUGUGAAAGGACAUCCGGACGAGGCAGCUGCAGCGCUUUCAGCUCUGUACAAGAAGCAUCCAGUCCUGUACAACAGCAGCAUUGUCUGCUCCUUUGAGCCCAAGGUCAUCUACAAGAUGAGGCAGACGAACCCACAGGUGGUCAGCGCGCUGACCCACAGGCCCUGGAGCCUGAGCCGUUUUGGCGAUGGCUCCCCACGUUACCCCUCACUGUGGAAACACCAUUGGCUGACAUUAAUGGAUAUCGUGUUGGACUGGGCCCACCAUCACUUGCUGUGGAAGCUCUGCGGCAUUUCUGCCUUCCUGGUGCAAAAGAACUUUGUCUCGCAGGACUAUGUGCAGUACUGGAGCCAGAGGGGGGUGGAGGUGGUUGCCUGGACCGUAAACAAUGGCGUGGAGAAACAACACUACCAGGAGCUUCUGAAAGUCAGCUACAUCACAGACAGCCUUGUGGAGGACUGUGACCCUCACUACUGACACUCCAACUUGCACUGACAGAAAAUCUAACUUAAACUCCUCUGGUGCCACUUUUUAGUAUGUACAUGUGUUUAUGUACAGUGUACACUACUCACAAAAAGUUAGAGAUACAGUAUUCGGCUAUUGAGUGCUGUUUCAGGAUGCACCUAAAAUGCACGAAAACCUUUACAGGUGAACUUAAUUUGACCUCCUCUAAACUUUUGAAUGCACAUGUCCAACUGUUGAGUAGCCUCGUUUAAUGUUUUUUUUUAAAAAUAAUUCUUAAUAUUCAAAUUACAAUCGGGUUAGAAGCCCAAACUGAAUAAUGCUCCAUAUAAACACCUCACUCAGAAUUAACAGGCGGAAACUGAAUGGAAUUUCACUCUGUUUCCCAGGAGUAGAAUAUUCCUUUCCCCAAACCGAUCAGUGAAUCAGUAUGUUGUCAGGCUGCGUUCUGUCUGCGCAUGCUCUGUCUUGAUGUAAAUGCACAGUGACUUUGCCGUUGACCCACUCAGCGCAUGUGCACGAGCCUGGAGGAGAAAUUGGGGGGGAAAGACCGAGGAAGGGACGGAUGUGUCGCGGUCGCCUGGCUGCCUCAAAGUGCCCUUGGGUCUGUCGCUAGUGCGCUGGCAGCCCUGCUGAUGUUUACAUACAGUAGAUCUGCGCAUAUCACACGUCUCUAAAACGUCUGUUCUGAUUAAAUGUAGUGGUACAUGUAAGCACCAAAUCAGAAUAGAUCACGUCACAUGUAAACAGUUGACCUGAGAUCUUCGAUCAGAAUGAUUGCAAUUAAAAUUAUAGAAAGUCUGCAUGUAAAUCCGGCGAAUGUUUCGGUUCUUUUUGCACAAUUUGCUGUUCUCUAACAAGUAGAUGAAUGGCAAAAUUCACAACAGGUGUUUAAUCCAUGAACCAACCAAUACAUUUCCAAGGACGUCCAUUUUGAUGCCUUUCUGUCUCUCUCCUAGUAUGUCUGUUGCAACCUGCUGAUGAUGACACUGUCACAGCCAGCUAGAGGCAAAAGGGAACAAAGUAGCUGUUUGGGGCCCUUUUCUUUUUUUAAAACCCUGUGAGGAUUUUGUAAAGACAUUAACGUGGUGCGACCAAAAAUCUAAUUUUGUUUGGGGUCCCAUAAAGGUUUUGGGCUGGCACUGAGCUCUGUGACACUCAAAGCAAGCGCGAGGUACUAUUAUUGAUCAAUUGGUAGGUGUUGUCUUGGUCUCACGAUGUUGAAAUGUAAACAGCAUGGAAAGGAGUGUUUGAAUACCAAUUUCAUUUGAACCGGGAAAUGUAUUGUUCAUUUCAUGGAUCAAACACCUGUUACAGAACAGCAAGUUGUGCAAAAAAAUAAUACUGAAAACUUGAAUAGUUGGAUGUGCAGAGGUUUAGAGGUCAAAUUGAGUUUACCUGUGAAAGAGAUGUGCAGUUUAGGUUCAUCCUGAAAUUUCACCCGAAAGUGUAAUAUCCCUAACCUUUUGUAAGUAGUAUAGGAUCACGUCAUCCCAACCAACGUGGGCGACAUUGUGUGUCAUGAAGACGCAGUAAGAGGCCUGUAAAGGUCUGCCAUGCCACAUACCCUCCUGAUGGCAACAAUACUUGACCAAUAGAAGCAAUAAACGUGGCCAAAUGUCCGCGAUGAAACAACUGGUCAGAUCACCCGAAACAUACCAGUUUUAUUAAGCCGGUUACAAUUUUUUGACUCUUGAUAUACACAGAAAAAAAAACUUGAGUUUGUGAGAAUACAUUUUCCAUUGUUUACAUGUCAGUUUAAUAUGGAUGUCACCUCAGGACAUUGCUUCCAAUCAAUCACGCAGCUACACAGUCUUAAUUGUUGAUUAUUCUAUGGACUGUGAUUGUGAAAGAUGAUAAAUGGAUGUACGAUACUAACAGUCAAGCCUUCUGAUGUCACACUGGGACUCUCGCUCUUGGCCAGUUGACUCAGGUGAGUGACCCACAUAGUAAGAGAUAUCAGACAGUGGUGAUAUCAGUCAGGAUAAGCCUGUCUGAGCCGCUUCUUGAUCACGGCGCUUUCAGCGUCAACCCACAGAUGACCCAUGUCCCAUAGAGUCCAUCUUAAGGGAAGAUUACAUGUAUUUGGUAUGUAAAUGCCAUGGUGAAAAACAAAUUACUGCAUGUGUAUAAAUAAAUGGUAAAAUAGUCCCUUGUGUGAUAGCAUUGACUAUAUGAAAAUAUAGUUCAGAUGUAAAUUGUCAAUGACUUUGGAGUUUAUUAGUUAACACGCUGCAGUAUUUAAUUCAAUGUAAUCAAAAGUGCCAUGUCUGUCCAAUGUUUUAACAGGUGAAAGGUAGGUUCCCAAUAAAAAAAAUAAAACUCAA